GCCGCCGUGUGGAGAUGUUACGCUCGCGGGUCUUGGUAACCCAAACUGCUUGCUCUCAAACUCGGUAUAAAUGUUGAGCAGCUCAAUGGACAGUUUUCAUUGAACGACGUUUAAUCAAAUGUACAUUAGUCCGAGAUCCUAAGACUUUAUCAGUGGACUUGCAGCAAUGUAGUACAACAAACGCCAUUAGCAAAGCGAUAAUGUUGUAGUAGUUCGUAUUUCAUUGGAACAUUUCCUUUCACUUUACGAAGCGUGAUUCUAGAUAGCCUUUCUUGGUGUUAAGUUUUGUAUCGAAUCGUUCUGCAGAAGACAAGUCACUCGCAAAAGCUUCCAAUUUACUUUUCUACUAUAUUAGUGUGAACUACAAGUCACCGUACCAGAAGCAGAGCAGUAAUUUAGGUACUACAACUGUUGUAAAAAAAAAAACGGAAAUAAAGCCUUUUUUGGCAAGAAGGUUAACAAUUUUAUUUUUCGACCAUUGGUUCAAGAGCUUGCCGACUCCACAGAAAAUAAGAAAAAACGUCGUCGAAUGUUAGAAAAGGAAGUUAAUUAACCUCAAUGAACCUUACUUAAAAGUUCAGAAGUUAUUGUACGCCUACUCUGUAUUAAUACAGUAUCUGAAAAGUAAUGAAAAACAUUCCCUAUUGAAAUCAAGAUCGAAAAUAUAUUGAAAAACCAUCAUUGGCUGACUAAGAUCCUGUACUCUGACAAUCGAAAAUGAGGGGAGACGUUUUUUUCCCAACCACCUUCUCGCCCACUCCUCCCCUGCCCAUUAUUAAAUCUGAGCACGACUCGCCCCCCUCGUCCCCAUCGUCAACGCCUCCUUCGACCCCGCCUUAUUCUUCAUCGCCUUCGUCGACGACCUCUGCUUUCUCCUCCCCGGUGUCGGCCUUCUCGACUCCUGCUCCUCAGUACUUGAGUUCCUCAGCUCCUUCUCAUCCUUCCCCGUUCCUCUCUCACUCUCCUCCCUCGUCCCCAUGCCCCACUCCCCCGACUACGACCGUCACUGCUGCUACCCUCUUCUUCCCUCCGAGGUCCUCCACUCCAUACCGACGGUCCCACAGUCUCCACAGACGUGACCGCGUCGACCAAGACGAAGAAGAAGAUGGCGAUGUGGAAGACGAAGAUCAGGAUUCUGAAAUGGCCUCUCCAAGACGGAGAGUCGUGCAUAACCUGCACCAUCGCAGCCUGUACCGCCGACAUCAUCGGCAUCGCAGUGUCACUCGGCGAUCUUCAUCCUCGGAAGAAAGCAGCGACAAGCCGAGCGCUCCAAAGAGCCGAGUCAGAGACAACCCUGUCCAUGUUGACGACCACCGCCGCAUCGGACAUGUUGUGGAUGACGAUGUAGAAGUAGAAGUUGAGGCUGACGACGAUGCAGAGAUCAUCGACAUUGAGCUUGACGAGGACGAAGAUGACGAUGAUGACGUUGAGGAUGACGCAGUGGAGGUUGUUAAUGACAAUGAUGUUGUGGAAAGCUCCCACCAUCACCAUCGCAUGCAUGAUGAUGCUGAUGGCGUCAGUGGAGUCGCCGCCAUCGGGGCCGCGGCAGUUGGCUUCGAGGUUGCCACCUUCUUGCGAAGAGUUACGCUCAAACCGCGACGCACCUUGUCGCUCUCACCCACACCAGCUCGGCCUGGGGACAUGUCGAUGGGUCGCAACCUACGCGCCGCCUGCUGCCUCGACUUCACCAACAAGGACGACGAUGACGGCCUCUGUAGACCUGCUGACUCUGACCCUGAGAACGCCAAGAGAAAACCUCAAAAUGACGAGAACGGCAACCUGCCCGACUGCCCCGACAAGAGCGUCCUCGCCGACGCCUGCAACGUCAGCAACAACAACAACAAUCGCGUCGGCGACCCCGACCACCACACGACGAACGUCACCGCCGCAGAGGGCGUCGGUGACGACGGCAGAGGCAGCGGCAACGUCAGGUUCGCUCGUCGGGGCGCCGUGCCUCUUGGCGCGUCGUCGUCGCUGCCGGCGCUGUCGACGCUCAAGAGGUCCUCCGUCAAGAGGCCCCUCGAGGUCACGCUGCCCUGUCAGGAGAUCCAAUACCUCGAUAUCUCAUACCAAAAAGUUGGUACCAAUAUGGUCCAAUUCUCCCCUAUACCGCGGAAGAAGAUCGCAUAUCAUCCCGUGCUGCACCACACCAUCCACUACUGCGAGGUGUCAUAUUGCGGCAACACAAACAACAACAACAACAGUUUCUUCAACUUCAACGCAGAGAGGCCUGUCAAACGCAAGCCUCUUGUGCGCUCCCAUUCAUUUGCUGUGUAGCUGGCAGACCUUCACCAACCUUGCUGCCAUCUGUAGAGUUAAAAGAAGAAAUGCAGAGAGCGUGGCGAUGUUGAGCGUCUCAGGGCAGCUGCGCCCGUGGCACCCACAACAACCACAGCCAGCCCUCCACCACGUCUCCCCCGCCCCCCGCCCCUCGCGCCUCUGUCCUCGAGUCUUGUCCCAUCUCCGUAAAAUUGUCUGCAGGAGACGAGCAUCUCUCCUUUCAAUUCUUUCAUAUUUUUGUCAUGUCUAUUUAUUUUAUUGUUGUUUAUUGGUGUUUCCAUUUUUUUCUAUUACCUACAAUUAUGGUAAGCAGUAUACAUCUGCUGCAAAUCGAUUUUAUGCAUUCAUGUUGAACGUUUUGUUUGUAAAAUUAUAAUUCCUGAUGCAAACUCCUCGAGGUAUUUCGAAACAUCUAUGUUCUUUUUAUUGUUUUAUGAAUCGUCAUGUUUCAAUUUAUGCAGGAAACGAAUUUCGAAUUAAAUUUGAUCACAAAAUGUCACUGUAUUGAAACUGUCGUAGACAUGUGCACAUCUCACGUAACCACAAACUGAAUGAGAUCGAAACUUCUUAGUGAAUCUUGAAACGUCGGUAAGUAUAUAUGCUCAUCUUGGCAGUCUCACUUGCCUAUGUGUCCUACAAACUGCACUCAGUGACGAACCAAAUGUUUUCAUGGAUGGCUUUAUAUUUUGGGUUUAUUUGUUUUGUAGUUCUUUAGACUAAGGAAAGAAGCGCUGGCACGGUUCGGCGAGCAGUUACCAAGAAUUGAUUUAUAAGAAAGUCGCAUAUUUUCCGGGUUUGCUGACUCGAAGGUGGAUUGAUUUAUUUCAUUUUCUGCCUCCAUUCCAAUUGUCUGAACCCACCAUGAACUUCGCAGUCGACUGCUCGACGAUGCCAUGCUGGCCUCUUUUCCUAUAUACUUUAUCUGAUAUGUAAUGCGUGUGUACACAUACAAUUUAAUUGAUUUCAGUGUGUCAGAUAUGGCUUGCACGGCAGCCUUUUGUGUACGUCCCAGUUAUAGCUGUAGCUUACAAAUCUUUGAUGUUUGAACCAACAGCGCAAGGACGUUUUACUUUCCACGAACAUCCGUCUGCCAUGUCGCUUGACGUACAGGGUGUAACAAUGUUUUUAUUGAGAUUGUGAAUCGCCUGUGCAUUUAGUAGCUAAAUUUACUGCCAUUUGUCUUUAGUAAUGCCAAGGAAGUUGUUUGUAGCAGCCUUGCGUUCCUGGCUUCGACGCGUCUGGAAAUUGUCAAGAUGACGUUGUAAAAUCGUCACUUGCUCGAGCAUGGCUUUGUGAAGCCUCGCUUGUGCGUCUCAUUAGUGAUUUGAGUUUAUAAUUUUGCAUUAUUAUCUUACAUUAAUGCUAUAUAUUAAUAUUUUAAUGAUUGUCUUGAUAAUAUAUAUCGUAGAGAGAAUAGGUUCUUCAUUUAAUCAAUAUUCCUUGAGAUGGUCUGUAAUGGAAGCCUGUCGUCUCAUGUACACGCGUAUUUUUGUUUCGCUCAUCACUUUUUACGUCAAGCACUCGAUAAAUGACAUUGUCAGGAGCUUCUAUAUGGCCUCCAUUAUAGCCGCCACAUGUUCACGCAGAACUUCAGUACCCUAUUUUUAAGUUGAGUUCCACUCACGUCACUGUCAUAUUACCAUAUAUGUGCUUUAUAGGAUGCACUGAGCGCGCCUAACAUUGAACGCUAAUAGGAAUUAGGAUUGCCGAGAAUAGCAUUCUUAAUAACUCUUUUUGCUGUUAAUUUGUUAUUUAGUGUAGGAAGGUUUUUAAAGUUACAAAAUUUUUUACU